UUUCCUAUAGAAACUUCCAGCGUUUUUGUGGGAUGAGAAACUGAAAGUACACAAGCGCAGCUAGCUAGCUAGAGAGAGAGCCUAGCUAUGGCUAAACGAGACGCCUGGGAUGACAUCUCUUAUUAUGAGCUACUUCAAGUAGAGCCAAAUGCCUCCACAGAUGACAUCAAGAAGGCGUACAAGCGUAUGGCCCUCAAGUGGCACCCGGACAAGAACCCCGACAGUGUGGAGGAGGCAGACAAAGUGUUUAAACUAGUGGCCCAGGCCUACGAGGUUCUGUCAGAUCCUCAAAAGCGUGAUGUAUAUGACAGAUAUGGGAAGGAGGGGCUUCAGGAUGGUGGGGUUGGUGGAGGUCAUGGAUUCCACUUCACAUCUGCAAACGACAUUUUCGAGCAAUUUUUUGGAACAAACGAUCCAUUUGCAGAUUUUGGUUCCAUGUUUGGUGGUGGUGGUGGUCAGUCCAAUAGAGGUGGCGGUGGUUUCUUUGGAGGGUUUGGAGGAUUCGGAGGAUUUGGUGUCGAUUUUGGGGAUGGUUUUGGUGACGGUGGAAGCAGUUUCGCUACUUUCAGCAGUGGCAGUGGUAGUGGGGGGUUAACGAGCAUGUCAUCUUCUCAAACAUACUCUCGAGGCGGAAAAACCAUCACCAAGAAAACUUCUACACAGAAUGGAGUGAAAACUGUGGAAGAAUUUGAAAAUGGGCAACUCGUGUCUAAAACUGUUAAUGGUCAAGCAAUGGCUGUCGAAGGAGGAGAAAUACCUGCUAUAAGCAUCGGAUCUAAAAAGAGCUCGAAACGAACAAAAUAGAAACUGUAAACUGUGACUGUGUAGUUACUAUAAUCUGUUUUUGUUUAACGGCAGUUUAGACUUAUGGCUUAGUACAAUAGUUUAGAAGUACACAAACACAUCUGUUCCUUAUGAACUUUAAUUAUAAGAUGCUUAUCAAAAGAGUC